GAGGCGAAACUGUAGUUCUAAUUUUUAAACGAAAGUAAACAAGUGUACGGUUUAAACCCGUAAAUUCACUUAAGCCAGAAAAACGCCCUCAUUACUCGUGCAUUUUGGAAUACCAUUGUCUCAUUAUUACAUAUAAAAAGUACAGCUCUCUGUGUACAUUGACCAAGCAACAAUAUAUAUUCAGAGAUUAAAACUUUUUCACCUUUCUCUGUGACAUAUCUCUGUGAACCCUGUUUAGGUAAAGCUAAAAAGUUAUCAUCUUUAACCAAAAAGUUGCCUAAUCCACUGAUUUGAGGUGUUGUUUUUUGCUUGUUAUUGGCAUUUGCUUACUUGAAAAAUGGAAGUUGGCUGUGAGCUUGAAGUUGAUGUCAAUGGUGAAGAGACUUUCAUGGUGGACAAGAAAAUUCUUGUUUGUUUCUCGGGAAAAUUCAGAAAAUUAUUUGCAAAAUUGACUAGUAGUGGCACCAGUCACCUGAAAGUUAUAUUUCAUAACUUUCCAGGAGGAGCAGAUGGUUUUGAGCUUGUUACAAGAUUCUGCUACAACAAUGGUGAAAUUGAGAUUACACCCUCAAACAUAGUCAUGCUAAAUUCUGCAGCUAAUUUCAUGGAAAUGGGCAUGAAUUAUAGCUCAGUAAAACCAAAUUUAGUAGACCAAACUGAAAAAUUUCUUGAAGGAAUCAAUUACUGGACUUGGUCUGAGUUGCUACUAGCUAUAAAACAAUGCCAAGAUUUGUUUACUUCUGCAGAAAACUCUACAUUUGUAGUAUUUGAGAAAGUAUUGGAUUCGACAGUUGGACGCCUUGCUUUGCCGACUGUUGGAAGCCCAUUCGCGCGUUCUUCGGAGAAUUUCAGCUCUCAGUUUUCUUCUGAGAUAAGCAGUACUUGUAGUACAACAAACUGCAGCUCUUCAACUACUUGGUGGUUUCAAGAUCUUCUGUUCUUGAACCUAAAUUUGUUCGAAAAAGCGACGCAGAUGAUGGUUUCGCAGAAAUUAGACCAUACGACAGUUUUCAAGUUCCUGAUAUUUUACACGAAAUCAAGAUUUUGUGCUGCCGGAGUGUUACUGUCCGAGAAACGCCAAAUUCUGGAGGUUGUAAUCAAUCUUCUGUCGUUACUUAACAGGACUUGCAUAUCUUGCAAGGGCUUGUUCUAUAUUCUUGGAAUGGUUUCGAAUGUGAAGAAAAUAAGCAAAUUCCACAAACUCGAACUAGAGAGACUGAUAGGCUCAAAGCUCGACGAAGCAACUUUGGAUCAUAUACUAAUUCGAUCACCACGUAGAAACGAGUAUACGUACGAUGUUGAUCUAGUUUUGAGGCUUGUAGAAUGUUAUUUUCUUGAAGAUAUGAUAAUGAUUCCGAGUCGAAUGAAGCAUGUCAGUAGAUUGAUUGAUUCAUUUCUGAUAGAAGUGGCUUCAGAUACUCUUUUGAAACCCUCAAAAUUCGCAGAAUUAGUGAUGGUGAUUCCAGAUUCUGCAAGAGAAUGUUGUGAUGUAGUUUACCAAGCUAUUGAAUUGUAUCUUGAGGUUCAUACUCGACUAUGCCGCGAGGAAAAGAUGAAAUUGUGUUCUACACUACACUGUGAUAAACUCUCAGCAGGAGCAUUGAAACAUUUGUCUCAAAGCUCUAUGUUUCAUUCAAGGCCAGCAAUUCAAAACAGGUUCUACUCGUUCGAAACAGUGAAUGCCAUUUCGGAUGAGACCAAAUGCAGCAAAUUUAGAUCAUUGCCAAAGCUGUGUUCAUGUUAGGAAUCAGCUCGGAAAAUUGUAUAACAAUUGUGCAUAUGUAAGUAAUGUUUCUUUUUGCAAGUUGAAAUGGAGAUUACAUAGGCUAUGUUUGGUUGAUAUAUAAUUGAUUAUAUAAUAGCUAUUGUAUUGUGGAAGUUAUUAUUCAA